AUGAGCUCUUCUGAGGCCACUCUUGGUGACCUAGCGAACGAAGUCGCCUAUCAAAAGCUUCAGUAUUUCGUGGGCUGUGCUAUUAUAGAGCUACGCCACCUCAAAUUCGAGUCGUUAGACAUGAUGGGUGUGAGGGAGUUUGAUAAGAAGAAUUUUCAAAGAAUCCUGAAUAUAUUUGAGAUUGAAGGAUGUGCGAAUCUAGAACCAGAGCAUCGUAUUGCUGCGACCAUUGACCAAGAAACAUUAAAGAACGGUCUCGUCUACACGAAUAUCUCUCAGGAGACUUUACUCAACCCAACAAGUCGCCUGCCCCUAAGAUUCAACAACAGUCAGCAGCUCAUUUGUCUCUAUGGCCAGCAUAGACUAAGGGCUGGCGAAGCGCACGGAGAGACCGAGUGGCUAGUUGAUCUUUACCUCGACGAGAGGGUUGGCUUUUGUUCAGACCAGAUCAGUAAUCUAAGGCAGGAUACAUCGGAAGACAAGAUAUCACAAGAUUUCUUCCGGUCAUUUUGCAGAGAGGAGUUCUACCAGGUAGAGAAGGGACCUCUCGACACAGGUGCGAGACGUUUGCGACAUAUUUGGCGAGCGUUAGCCAAACCCGAAGAUAAAACCGGCAGCGACCCAGAAUAUACAACAGACAACAGUGAUGCAGCGGCAGACCAUCGAUUCAAUUGUUCAAGGCCUGUCCAAUAUCAACAAGAGCGAAGACAUCUUUUCCUCGACCAAAUUUAUAGCAUAGAUCAACCCAGGAAGCAGUACGUUACGUCGUUAGCGAUAACGCGAGAUAUCAUCUUUUCGUUUUUCGGGAAGUCACCUCUAUACGAAGCCAUUACCAACCAAGGAGUGCAUCCUCCCAACGAGUCUAAUGGGACUUUGCUCCCUAGAACUGAGAUUUCCGGUCUACCCAGAGAAGACAACCUUAACACACAUGAUCCAAGUCUAGCCGAUAACCAAAGCAUGACCGGUGAACAGAGUUCAGGCCUCGAUACGCAUAUGCAUGAGACCCAAGACAUACCUAGUGAUCAGGUGGUGGAUAAUGAUCAGGAUAUGGGCACUGAACAAGCCUUGGUAGACCAGGCGCAAAAUGUUGAUCUUGAUCAGCGUAUUCUAGCAGAGGGAUUCGAAGAUGAGCCACAACCCAUGUUCUGCGAGGGCCAAAUUUCUGUUCAUCGAAGUUUUAAAGAAAUGCUUAUGCUAUGGUUUGCAUCGAACAAUAACUCUCUUGUCGUUUUAUACUUGUUCGAAACUCGGACCUUGUACAAAUUUCCAUUACCGGGCAACUUCUUGCUACGCUCUACUUUAUCGAACCUUGCUAGAACCCACUACUUUUUGAUGAUCAAUGAAUACGGCUUUAAUGUUGCUGACCCAGGAAAGGAGUUCGAGGAAGCUGUGAAACGUCAACUACUAUUUGUGGGCAAACGGGAUCAUCUCGGUCCUUCAGACUGCGAUGUUUCGUCGGACGCACUUCGGGACUAUAUUACUAGAUACGAUGUCAAAACAGGGAAACGAUAUGGUGGUGAGAUUGAAACACAGCCUGCUACAAAGCGCCAGGAGAAGAGAACUUCUUGA